AUGCAUCAUUCUCCACCCCCUCCUCUGUACACACCCCAGCCACCCCAUCCAAUGCAGCCUCUUGCCCCACAACUCCUACCAGGGGAACAGACUGUCAUAUUUCAUGCUGAGGACAACAUCCAGAAUGUGGUGGAGAAUCCCAAGGACACCCAGCUGAUGGGUUGGUUUGAAGCCAACAAGGACCAGGACCUGAUUGCUGCUGGGGCACAUGACUACCUGUACCAGGACUUCCCAAAGAGAUUUGUGUGGGAUGCCAGGAGGGCUGUGUGGAAAGUGCACCAGAGGUACAAGGCCAUUGGAUGA